CGAAUAUUCAACAUGGCCGCGUCCUUGUGAAUUACGAAUCCUUUCUUGGCUGCAGUUUCUAUACUGAAUGAAGGCUAAAUAAGUUGUCAAAAUGCAAAUUACAGAUAUAGUGAAGUGGAACAAACGGGUGUCACUAAUAUAUGCCGUCGGUGUGUGGACAUUGAUGGGCACAUACGGAUUUUACACAUACACGGGUCACUAUGAUAAAAAGCCAGAGAUAUUGACAGAAACUAAAAAGGACGAGGAAGAACUUCCGAAUCCCAACCAGGAGGUGUAUUCUACUGCACACUCAACAACCACAAUAGUCUACAGGGAAAACUUUGUCCCAUACACAACCAGAAUAAGGAAUUUGAUCAAAUACGUCAGUGGGGACUCUACAUCAGAAAGCCAAGACUCGAAGAAAUGAUUGCAUUUUGGAAAGUAAAUCAGAAAUGGACUGCUUCUGCCUCUUCGAAAUACAGUUUAUUCUGUUGAGGAAGCAAUGUGUUAUAUCUGUGGUGCGAUCCACUUUAAUGAAAAUGAAACAUCCCCAAAGACCGUAAUCUGAGAACGUUUGCUUUAAAAGCCAGUUAUGUUGAGGGAUUUGUCCAGUCCAAGGACAGUGAAUGAAAUGACUGUAUACAUGAGUGUACAGUAUUGGAGUGCGACACUUCGGAAUCAGAUGGCAAGUGGCCUCUUUAAAUCUAUUUUCUGCAAGUCUGACUCUGGCAAUAUCGAGAUAAUGAAAAACAAUACAAUCUUUCCACUGCUAAAGAAUCUACACCAAUAAAAACGUUUGACAAAAA